GCUAUCUUUAUGUGGUUGAGUACAGUUUCAGCAGUCAUAUUUCUUCAAAAUGGGAGAAGAAGAAACUGAACGAUAUGAAAAAAUUGACUUUUUGGGCGAAGGACAGUUUGCUACUGUUUACAAAGCACUUGAUAAACAAACAGAUAAAAUUGUAGCUGUAAAAAAGAUUAAACUUGGCUCUCGAACUGAAGCUGCUGAUGGCAUUAACCGAACUGCUCUUAGAGAAAUCAAAUUGUUACAGGAACUCUCUCAUGAAAAUAUUAUAGGGCUCCUUGAUGUUUUUGGUCAUAAGUCAAAUGUUAGUUUAGUGUUUGAUUUUAUGGAAACAGAUCUUGAGGUUGUAAUCAGAGACCCAAAUAUCAUCAUGACAGCUUCUCACAUCAAGUCCUAUGUUUUACAGACAUUGUUAGGGUUAGAAUAUUUGCAUAGCAACUGGGUCCUACACAGAGACAUGAAGCCAAAUAAUUUACUUAUUAAUGAACAAGGUAUUCUAAAGAUAGGUGAUUUUGGUUUAGCCAAAUUUUAUGGAUCUCCAAGCAGACCGUAUUCUCACCAAGUAGUCACAAGGUGGUAUAGAUGUCCAGAGCUAUUGUUUGGAGCAAGAGCUUAUGGAGAAGGUGUUGAUAUUUGGGCUGUUGGUUGUAUCAUUGCAGAGCUACUUAUUCGGCUGCCAUUUUUACCUGGUGACACAGAUUUGGAUCAGUUGAACAAAAUCUUUCAAGUUCUCGGGACACCAACAGAAGCUGAUUGGCCAGACAUGAAGUUUCUGCCUGACUAUGUGACUUUCAAAGAGUUUCCCAAACAGCUAAUGAAAGAUAUUUUCACUGCAGCUAGUGAUGAUCUGUUGGAGGUUCUCAACUCUAUGCUCUCAUUGAACCCCUCCAAGCGUUGCUCAGCUUCACAGGCUCUCCAGAUGACAUAUUUCAGCAACAAACCUGCGCCUACACCUGGUAUCCAGUUACCUUUUCCAAAGUCCAAUAAAAUUCUGGACAAAGAUAAAGAAGCCAAGAAAGUAUCACUCAAGAGAAAACAAGAUGGCAGUGAUGCAGGUGGCUUGAAAAAGCGACUCAUCUUUUGAGACAACUUGCAGCUAUGUAACUAUAUCACUGUAUAAAGACCAUACCCUUGAGUCUCAUUUCACUAGUUGACCACAUCGCAAUCUCACAUGUUAUAUGAGUACUGUGUACUUUAAUUAAUGGAAUAAAUUGUAAAC